AUGUCUCGUUACGACGACUACCGUUCAUCAACAGGGACCCUGGACUCUCACGAUCGUUAUGAUCGUUAUUCACGGGGUCCCCCCGUGGCCGAACGACCCCGCCAUGCCGAAGAACGCUUCGAAGACCGCUUUGAAUCCCACUUCCGUGACGAAGACCGAUAUGGCCCCCCUGCACGCGCACCGGGGAGGCUCUACGAAGAUGACCAUCUAGACCACCCCUACCCUGCCGGACCCGUUGUGGCGCAUGACCGGCGUCGACGCCGUGACGAGAGCCCCUCCUUUCGACGACCUCAACUACUUAGGCGCCAGUCCUCCUUGGACACCUUCGACCGCAUACCCCGGCGCAAGAUGGAGACCCUCGAGCCUGCUCCUCGCGCUCCUCGCGCUCCCCGCAUGCCUGCACUGCCUCGUCAUCAUCUUUCCCCCGGUCGUUAUCGUGAGCGCGAAGUGUACGAGGAUAUUAGAAUCGCUGAGCCCGACUACUACGGCGAUGAGGAGUUCAGGGACUUCCGCGAUCGAGAUAUGGUGGAACAUCGUCGUCGCUCCAGCAGCCAUGCUCGCAAACACCAUGAGAAGCCCUACCCGCGCAAGGGAAAGACCCGCGUGCCUCGUCACCUUGCCCAUGUCCACGCGAUUUUGGAUCUGGGAUACUCAUUCAAGGAAGAGGAUGAUGUCAUCGUCAUUCAGAAAGCGUUAUCCAAAGCUCAAAUCGACGAGGUGAUUAGCCUGAGCCGUGAAUUUAAUCGGCCAUCCCCCGUGGAAAGUGAGUGGCGUCGGAAUGCGCAUCCCCAUCCCCAAGGUCGACACAGGAUCCCUAAUUGGUUACAUCGCACAGCCGAAUUCAUCUCACGACCUCAUUCGCCCCCGAUGAGAGAGAUUCCCCGCGAACGGGUGACCACCGAAUACCUUCAGGUCGAGGCACCCUCUCCCCGCUCAAGCGGAGCCUUCAUAGUCGAGGCCUCGCCAUCCCGGCACCGGUCACGGUCCCGCCAUCACGGAGAUAAGCACGAGGAUUUCCUGGAGAUACCCCGAACCAGUGGAACACGUCGCCGAGCAGUCUCAGUUCACGACCCUGCGUACCACAAGCUAGCUCCGGUACAGUACAUCCAGGAGCGGGAGUCUGAUGCUGUGCGUCAGGGAUCCAUGGUCCUUGUGCGUCCUCGGGACAGCGAUACCGAUACAAGCGAGUACGUUCGUCACCUGGAAGAAGAGAUGAGACUUCUCCGCCUGGAGCGAGAUGGUGGCAUCGAAAUUACCAGACAGCGUGAAACGGAUAUCAUUGACAAUAGAGGUAACGCGCAAGAGGUCACUGAGAUCCGGCGACAGGAUCGCAAGGAACCUAACUCUCGUCUUAUGCGUGCUAUGAUGGCUACUUUGACUUGA